AUGUCUACAGCGACCUACAAAAACCGACAACUUAAUGUCCAGACUGAUGAUCUAUAUAAGAAUAGCUCUGAUCAUGAAAGCUUUGAUAAUAUUGAGUAUUUAGUUGAAAGCUCAGUAGUAGGAGAUCUACAGCAAAACGAUCAGGAUGAAGUCAGUCGGUAUCUUAACGCAGGAAUACAAAAAGCGAAGAGUAUUCUAACUUACUGGAAGGAUUAUCAACAAGAAUAUCCUUUACUUGCAUGUCUUGCAAAGGACUUUCUUGCUGCCCCUGCAACUGGUACAGGUGUUAAGUGCCUAUUCAACUCAGCUCGUAAUAUUUGCCAUUAUCGACGUAGCUCACUGAAUCCUACAACAAUUCAGGAUCUUAUAAUGCUGAAUUGCACCUCUGAUUUUGAGAAUAAAACUGCAGAUUUGAUGAUUCAAGAAGCAUAUCUCUUACAACAAGAUAUAGAAGCAGAGCGAGAGGAAAGAAGAGUAUCAGGAGAGAAAGAUAAGCUAGAGCCUAUUAGUGAUAAUGAGGAGGAGGAUACAGCUUAG